CCUCGCUUCGACGCCGCGGAACCCAUCCCAUACUCUGCACUGGGGCAGCGUAGCCAAUGGUUCCCUUCGCGCCGCUCGUGCUGCUUCUUCGAGAAAAUGUGUCGUGGUCGCUCGAAACGAGCCUCGCCUGGCCGAAAUCGCUCACGCGGCCGACCAUGUCAGCAUCGAGCAGGACGUUGCUCGGCUUCAAAUCGCAGUGGACGAUCGGGGUCUCGCAGUGGUCGUGGAGGUAGUGCAGUGCCGAUCCCACAUCUACUGCGAUGUCUAGCCUUUGCGCCAGAGUCAGCCUCCUGGUCUCGUGGUGCAGCCAGUCCUCCAGGCUGCCAUUCUCCAUGUACUCGAACACCAGAGCUUUGAAAUCGUUGCCUCCACG